GCUCGCUGUUGAGCCUACUGGCCCCCGUUUGCACGCUUCUCGUUCCUUUCCUAUUUCCGUUCCGGACGCACAAAACAACCCUCCGCCUCGCUCUCCUUCUCUUCUCUUUUCCUCUCUCUCUCUCUCUCUCUCUCUUCCCCUCUCCCCCUGUCCCUCUCCUUGUUUGGUCCUUCCUUUGUUUUUCGGCCGUUCGACGCGCUCGCGCGCCAGCGCGUCUGCCCGCUAUCAGUGACGUGUGAUUGUGUGUGAAAUAAUAACAGUGCGGACACGCUGCUGUACGGCGAACAGAGGCUUAACAAGAGUGGCAAGGAGAGAACAGUAAAAGCCGUGAAAGAUGGCGGUGUUCGGGAUGAUGUCGGCGGUCGCCGGCUUCGUAAAAGUACGAUAUUUACUCGACAAGGCCAUAAUUGAUAAUAUGAUCUUCAGGGCACACUACAGAAUCACCUCGGCCAUUCUCUUUGGCUGUUGUAUCAUAGUCACAGCGAACAAUCUCAUAGGUGACCCGAUCAAUUGUAUCGCGGACGGUGCAGUGCCUGAACACGUGAUAAACACGUUCUGCUGGAUCACAUACACGUUCACCAUGCCAAUGACAUUGACGAGUCCAGUGGGCACGCACGUGGCUCAUCCUGGUCUCGGCAACGACUACAACGGCGAGAAGACGUUCCACUCGUAUUACCAGUGGGUGCCAUUCAUGCUCUUCUUCCAAGGAAUCCUUUUCUACGUGCCGCACUGGAUGUGGAAACAAUGGGAGGAGGGCAAAAUACGCGUCAUUUCGGAGGGCAUGCGCGGUGCCACCAUGGACACUAAAGUCGAGAGGCAGGCCAAGAUGCAGCGACUCGUGCAGUAUCUUUGCGAUACCAUGCACUUGCACAAUACAUACGCGGCUGGUUACUUCUUCUGCGAAUUUCUCAAUUUCGUCAACGUGAUAGGCAACAUCUUCAUGAUAGACGCGUUCUUGGGCGGUACCUUUCUGUCCUACGGCUCGGAAGUCAUCAAGUUCAGCAGCAUGAACCAAGAGGAUCGCAGCGACCCCAUGAUCGAGAUCUUCCCGCGCGUGACCAAGUGCACAUUCCACAAAUUUGGCCCGACUGGCUCAAUUCAAAAGCACGACGCUCUGUGCGUGCUCGCACUCAACAUCCUCAACGAGAAGAUCUUUAUAUUCCUUUGGUUCUGGUUCAUCAUACUGAGCGUGCUGUCCGCGCUGGCAGUCUUGUACAGUGUUGCUCUUGUGUUGAUGCCGAGCACCCGGGAAACUGUUCUCACCAGGCGAUUCAAGUUUAGCACGCCGUCAGGAGUCAGUUCACUCAUCAGAAAGACUCAGAUCGGUGACUUCCUGAUGAUUCACCUGCUCGGUCAAAACAUGAACAUUAUAAUGUUCAAUGAGGUGCUGGACGAGCUGUGUCGUCAAUUGUUACUUGGCUCAAGCAGCGGCGCGUCACCAGCGUCAAUGCCUUCAGCACCGAGUACCAUGGAGAUGUCACCAAUGUAUCCUGAAAUCGACAAGUUCGGCAAGGACCCAGAGACUUAGAAACAGCACGGAAGAAACGAGCUCCUUACGGCUUACGACACGAUAUAACACGACGCGAAAUGUGAUAUAGGGCUAAGCUCUCUCUCUCUCUCUCUCUCCUCUCCCUCCCUCCCUCUCCCGUCUCUAUCUAUCUCUAUCUCUCUUCACAACCCGAAGACGAAGUCGGCAGCGGUUGUGGCAGAGAGACACUAAGACGAUAGGUGGAUGGAUGCAAACUAUCAUAUUGUAUUCGUAUAUAUUAUUUUUUUAAAUAUCCGCCUCUACACUCUCGCUCUCUUUCUAUACCUUUUCCAUCGGCAGUACGUCAGUUAUUAUAACGCCGACGAGCGAAAAAAUUAAUUGAUACCGUCAGCCGAUACAUAUUGCACUUUCUUACCUGACUUUGGACUUUUGUCGAUGAAAAUCGAUUGACAGUGUGCGAUAUUUCACGUAGUGGUUUUUGUUUAAAGCCGAAAUGGAUAGAUACAAUAACGUAUCUCUUGUGUUCAUAAGAAUACGUUUAAUUGACUUGCUGUCCGAUAUUUUACAUUUCUUAUUUUUUUUUUUUUUUUUUUUUUCCUUUGCCAAUGAGAACUUGACGAAAGAAACAAUUUAUCUUUUAUACUAGCACGCAAGGCCUCGCACCGAGUAGCUAGAACGCCUGCGUUAGCCAAUUUUUAUGGAUGAUUUUUUUUUAAUUAAUUCUAAUAACAAAUUAUUCUUGUCUAACUUUUAUCAUAGAUCUGUUGUUUUUCUAUACACUCCAUUCGAAGCUUUCUUAUUCGAUAUUUAUAUAAAUAUACAUAUGUACACAACCAAGCAUCGUCCUUGAAAAAACGCCUUUACAGUAUAUUUUUUUUUCUGUUGUGUAGGUUUAUCUUCAUAAAGGCAAUUGUAUGUUUAAGGAGUAUAUCGAAAAUAAUCAAAUUUUAUGUAGAUUAGUGGUGCAAUCGUGCCUUUCUUUUCUUCAAUGCGAUAGUGUGAUUGUGACAAUAACGAUGAAAUAACAAUAAAAUGAGAUCAAUUAUUGUAAUAUUGUAUUCUUGUUGAAAAUUUAAUCACCGAGUAUAUAAGAGACGAAAAAAAAAAGAAUGUUACUACAUUGCCAUUAAGCUCAACACACUGCCUUGACUCUUCUUUCUCUUUCUCUCGCUCUCUGUCGCGCUCUUCAUUGCGAAAUGUAAUCAUUUUUCUUCUUUUUUUAUACGACUCGUAAAUCACAAAGCGAAAAAAGAAUAAACAAGCGAGCCAGAGGAUAGUAGUAUUUUUCGAAUUUUCCCGCGAGCGGGAGAACGUAUCUCCGUCCGAUGGAAUUUGUUCGUUCGAUUAAUUGCAAUUGUGAUUCAACUGAAUGACGUAGUAGAAAAACGCUAGCAUUGUCGCCCCUAUUUCUUUCUGCUAUUCCAUGUAGCGUAUGAAGUGCCUUAAAUUUACUAUAAAAAGUUACAAAAUCAACGGUAUAGAUGCACUGUAUAGAGGAGAAAAAAGUUAAAGGGAGCAGAAUGAGAUUAUGAAUAAUAAGACAAUUGCAAUAUCGUUUCAUCAAUAAUUUUUAUAGAUUUGCUGUAAAAAAUCUAUUAAUGAAAAAAAAACACUGCAAUAAAGCUACGAUGUACGUAGUUUAUAGAGCCCGAUUAUACAUAAAAUAAAAAAAAAGUAUAUUUUACACAUAGAUUAUUAUAGUCCUGUUCUAUGAGUGAUAUGUUGAUGAAAUAGCCUUGCGAGGAGAGAUGUAAAACAUAGGUAGCGCGCGAAGCAUAUGCACAUGAGCUUGGCGAGGAACGAUUGAGAUUUUGAUUAUAGAAGAAUGAAUUCAGAGUGUAGUUACAUUUUUUUUUGCAAAUUUCACGAUGUGCCUCUCGUAGGGUUAUGAAGACACUUUAGGUAAUAAGAGAUUUUAUGGAAUAAUAAUGAGACAAACAAACAAAAUGAAAAAAAAAAAAAAAAAAAAAAAAAGAAUGCUGUAUUCGUCAAAUAUGUUAUUUUACGCUGCGAUGCAAAGUGAGAGGAAGACUGCCAAUUUGUGCAACGCCGUAUAAAUAAAGUAAAAGAUUUGUGAAUUUAUAAAUUUAGUAAA